ACAUGCGUGUGUAGCAGCUGGAAUGAUUUCUCUUCGCUAGCGUGGAGUUUUCCUUUUAGCGCACUAAGUUUUCUCCAUCUGUUAAAACAUGUCAGGCAAAGCGGAACUGAAAAUCAACCCCCAGUUCGCGCAGAAAUAUGAGAAAUACCGACAGAAAGAGGAAUUACAGAGGCUGAAGGACCGAUACGGAGACCGAGCUGAUGACAGUGACUCUGAGACGUCUGAGUCCAGCUCUGAAGACAGUGAAGUGGAGCUCGACCCAGAAGUUGAAAGGGAUUUUUACAGAACAUUGUCACUGCUGAAGAAGAAAGACCCGAAGAUCUAUGAGAAAGAUGCAACGUUUUAUUCAGAAGGUGCAUCCACUAGUGACGAGAAGCCUUCAACCUCGAAGAAAACAGUAAAGCCCAUGUAUCUCAAGGACUAUGAACGUAAAGUCAUACUGGAGAGAGAAGGCAAAUAUGAAGAUGAUGACGACAGCGAGGAUGAGGAGGCUGCUAGGAAAAGAGAGCGAGCGGCCUCUCCUAGCUACAUUCAAGAGCAGAAGGAGCUGAAAGAAAGCUUCCAGAAGUUCAUCCAGGACAGCAAUGAUGAGGAUGAGGGCAGUGAGGAGGGCGGAGGGUCCCAGCUGCUGACCAGGAGGAUCAAAACACAGGAGGAGAAGGACAAAGAAGAGGCAGACUACGUGGAAUGGCUGAAAGGCCAGACUGAGCUCGAGGGUCCGGAAGAGGUGAAGGACAUGAAAUAUCUGAGAGACUACUGGAACGACCCAGAGUUGGAUGAGAGGGAACGCUUCCUGAGGGAUUAUGUCCUUAACAAGGGCUACCUGGAUGAUGAGGACGACGACGAUGAACGGAUCCCAACCUACGACGAGGUGGUCCAGGAGGAUGUGGAGGAUUCUGAGGAGGAAGGGGAAACCUUCUUGCAGCGACAGGAGGACUUUGAGAGAAGCUACAACUUCCGCUUCGAAGAGCCGGACGCUCAGCAGAUCAAGACCUACCCUCGCACCAUCGCCACCUCUGUGCGCUCCAAAGAUGACCGCAGAAAACGCAAAAGGGAGGAAGUGAAGGAACGGAAAGAAAAGGAGAAAGAACAGAAGCGGGAGCAACUGAAGCAGCUAAAGAACUUGAAGCGCAGCGAGAUCAUGGAGAAGCUGAAGAAGCUCCAGGAGCUGACUGGCAACGAGCAGCUCGCCUUCAGUCAUGUAGACCUGGACGGAGACUUUGAUCCACAACAACAUGACCAGCUCAUGCAGAAAUUCUUUGGCGAUGAAUACUACGGAGAGGAAGAAGAAGAAAAGCCUCAGUUUGAUGAUGAUGAUGAACUUGAGGAGCACUGGAACUGGGACACAUGGACAGGAGAGGGACGAGAGGACGACUACAUUGAAGACGAAGAAGACUACGGCGGAGAAGAAUAUGAUGCCUCUGAGCCACACUGCGAAGACGAAGGCUUCGUUAUGGAUGCAGAGUACGACCCCAACCAACACACUGCCUCCAAGAAGCAGAAGAAACAGGAGAGGAAGAUGAAGAAAAAGGAAAUGCCCCAAAUGGGCAAAAAGAGAAAGAAGUCUUACUUUGCAGAGGUCAUCACUCAGAACAAGCCUGUGUUUGAUCCUCAGGAGAAGAGCUUCGAACAGUACUUGGACGAGUACUAUAAACUGGACUAUGAGGACAUAAUAGACGACCUCCCGUGCAGGUUUCGCUACAGGCAGGUCCUGCCCAACGACUUUGGCCUGAGCACUGAUGAGAUUUUAAAUGCUGAUGACAAGGAGCUGAACCGAUGGUGUUCUCUGAAGAAGACCUGCAUGUUCAGGUCUGAAAAGGAAGAGAUGAGUGAUUUGAAAAACUAUAAAAUCAAGGCUCAGAAUGACAGGAAGAAGAAAGAAAUCCUGAGCUCUGUAUAUACUGAGGAAGAUAAAGAGUUGGCAGAGGCUAAAACUAAGGUGGGGAAGAAGAGAAGAGAUCGUCUGAAGAACACUGAGAAGCGAGGCAGAGAAGCAGAGGAUGGUGAUGCAACCUCUGUUAUGGACCCUACAGAUGAGACGCUCACCCAGGCUCUAAGAGAGGCAGGGGACAAUGUGGAAGAAGAGGAGGAAGAGAUUCUGAUACCCAAGAAAAAGAAGAUGAAACAGGAAGAGGAACCCCAGGUUACUGCUGACGAAGCAGCAGAUAAAACAGACGAGGUAAAAGACAGGACUGAGAGGCCAACAUGGUCCAAGAAGAAGCACAAGCGUUCAGGUGGGCGCCUCAUAUCAGGAACCGCCAGGGUGAAAAUAGGCGGCCGUGAGUUCAGUAGACAGAGACUGAAGGCCUACGGUCUGAACCCCAAGAGACUGUACUUCAGACAGAUCGGCAGACAGAAAAGAAAAGCACAGGAGAAGAAAGAAAAGCAGAAAAACAAGGAGUGAUGAUUUCCACUGAGCCACUGUCUUAGUACAGUCUGCUGGUUUUUAUCGUCUAAUGAAUAAAUUCAUUAUUAGGAAUGGUUCAUUAUCUGUUGUUUUAUGACCUUAUAUUUGAUUUCAACCUAAAACUAUGGAUUUUUUUACUUGUACCCUAUUUACAAUUGAGUGCAGUUAGCUUCUCACCAUAAGCCCAGAAAUUAUGGGGCAGGUAGUGAGUUGAACCCAUUCUAUCUUGCUGUGUUUCUUAUUGUGAACAUUUAGAUUUCACAAACUGUAAUAAACAUGCAGUAAAACUCUU